AUUGAUUAGGUUUCUCACCCUACAUAAAAUGCAGCAGCUCCGCGCGUCUCUUGCGCUGCACCAUGGCCGCGCCAUCAGCGUGGCGCCGCGCCGCAGGGUGUCCCGAAGCGGGCCGGUCGUCCGCCGAUCCGUAAGCAGACAGGAGGAGGCAGCAGCUGCUGAGGAGAAGCUGAGGGCAGCCAACUUCGGCCCAGACGCUGCGUCAAUGCUGACGACCGAGUUUCCAUUAAGGACCGUAUUUAAUAAAGACAUCGAAGCAGAUGUUAAACCGCUUGCCACCAGGGACGACAUCACGCAGGCGUUCAGCCAUCUGGCCACCAGGGACGACUUCAGCCAGGUGGCCACCAGGGACGACAUCACGCAGGCGUUCAGCCAGGUGGCCACCAGGGACGACAUCACGCAGGCGUUCAGCCAGGUGGCCGCCAGGGACGACAUCACGCAGGCGUUCAGCCAGGUGGCCACCAGGGACGACAUCACGCAGGCGUUCAGCCAGCUGGUCACGAAGGAGGAGCUCAGCCAGGUGGCCACCGAGAUUCGCAAGCUGACCGACAAGCUGGCGGAGGAGCUGGCGGAGGAGCUCAGCCAGGUGGCCACCGACAAGCUGACCGACAAGCUGGCGGAGGAGGAUGGACAAGGGACCAUGGCCAUCGGCAUGGCCAUUGGCGGUGUGCUCGGCAUGGUCGCUGUGGUGGUGAUCGACGCGCUGCUCACUUAGCUAUUAAGGUAUGCACAAACGCAGCCUUUGUGUGCUUGCCUUCCUUCGCCUUCGCGAAAAUGCUCGAGUCCGCUCGUCUUGCGGCACCUGCGUACGUUACACCUCCCCGUUACCCCGUUACCUGCUGUUAUUGCAGGAGCGACCAAACAACUGCAAACAGGUCAGAAGGGGACGGUGGCAGGGGCAGGAGUGUAAACGUUGGGGGGCAGGGCAGGUUGGGGCACGCGGUGCACAGCACAGGCGGGAUCAGCCCAGUCAUUUCACCUGACCCUGCAGCCUCAUAUGGCUGGUCUCUCAUUGGACUGCCCUGCAAGCCCGCAAUGACUGACCGGCGAGCUGAAACCUUUCUCUCUGUUUGCAGAGUAUGUGAGGAGCACACAAGAACCAGCACGGAGGGAGGUGUCCUGAAGUAGUUCAGCAGUCGGCGCAGCCAUUGUGCACCAACUAGUUGCACCUGCCGGUUUGGCCUGGUGUUUAAUUUGCUUCCACACAUUUGCAAUGCCAGCAAAUUGCGCAUGCCAAUGCAUUUAUAGGUUAUUGCAUACGCCCUGGAUUGGCAGCAUGAGUAAAAGUGUGCUGGGCUGCGUGCUACUGUAGAUGAGUGGGUACUUGCGAAAUGUAUUGGCGGCCAUUGUAUGGUUGCAAUAGAAAUCAUGCAGGGGAUACUGUGAAUUAUAUACCAUGUACCGUGUGCAAUGUUUCAGAUGUCCCUGCACUAGCAGGCAUUCAGACAUCCCAGCAUCCCAGCGCUGGCAGGCAUGCCUGAAACAUUGCACAUGGUACAUAAUUCACAGUAUCCCCUUCAUGAUUUCCAUUGUAACCAUACAAUGGCAGCCAAUACAUUUCUCAAGUACCCACUCAUCUGUACAGCAGCACGCACCUUCACUCAUGCUGCCAAUCCAGGGCGUAUGCUAUAACCUAUAAAUGCUUUGGCAUGCACAAUUUGCUGGCAUUACAACUGUGUGGAUGCAGAUUAACUUGUAACCACAAACAACAAUAACAACAAGAUUAAGAUUAAGCAUCAGGCCAAACCAGCAGGUGCAACAAGUUUGUGCACAAUUGCUGCACAUGUCAAUGCAUUUAUGGAGUAUGUGCAUAUGUCAUGGAUUGGCAGUGAGAGGAAAAGUGUGCUAGUCUGAGCGCCACUGUACUGAUGACUGGCAGGGUUGUACUGGUUGCCCAUUCUAUGGUAUUAACAUCAAUUCAACAGAAAAUCUCCCAAAGAAGCUUCUUGUGGAAGGCUUGUUUUUUUGUUGCCAAAAAUAUGUGGAAACGCUUGCAGUAUGAAGGGGUCUUUCUGAGAAGUGAAGAAGACACUGUGGGGUGUUUCUGUCACUUGUCCGGGCCCAAGGCAAGGGUGACUGAGGUUCACCAGGAUACUCUAGCAGGCAUGGGUGGAGACUUAGGGGUGGGAGCGACAUCCAGCUGGAACACAGGCUGGGAUGUUGGGGUGGGUUGUCAGGAAAGGGAACAGCAUGUCUGCACACGUUCAGGUGCAAUGUGCUGAAUUGCCGCUGAUGACUGUAACAGGCUUGUUAC